AUGUUCGUUCGACAAACGAGGAGGAGCCUGGCUCUUCACAGGACGACUGCCCUCCGAUCAAUUGGACUUCCUUCGAGAUCUUUACCAUCACACAUCACAGCAACCAACCUGGGACGAAGAUGUGUUGUUUCUCAGCCAUACCAACCCCGCAAGCGCCGAGGCUCAGAGUCUGGCCCUGGUCUCAACCAUGGAAGAAAUCUCGCGACAGCUGUCGACGAUUAUAACUUUGGCCAUAACCUUGGUGCUUUACACAGCCAGCUUGCUAGCUCUGGUCUACAGCCGUUCCAAGCUCCCCCGCCUCCGCCUUCCUACUCGGACCUUCGUUCUCUCGACCCGACGUCUCUGUUGACAAUUCCGGAGCCAGUAGCACCUCGACAAUUCGGCAAGAUCAACAACAAGGGCGUUCCUGGUGAGGUCGAAGAGAUGAUUCCAGUCUUUGAUGCUUGUGUUCGCGUAGGCAAGCUUGACCGAGCAUCUCUCGUUCUGAAGCGCCUGAACUUGACCGGUUUGCUCCCUGGUGAAGAAAUGAUCAUUUUGCACAAUCAAUAUCUCCGCGCCUCUCUCGACCAACUUCGAACGAACCCUGACCGAAAGCAAGCCGAACUACUUCACAAGUGGUACGAGUUGCAAAUAAGGAACCAGAAUAUACCACAAACCGCGGAGACAAUCGCAUGCAUGCUCAAGGCCUCACUGAUCUCGGAACGUGGAGCCCGCUUGGAACGACUCAUCAACCGCUAUAUGAGCAUGGCUCCUGACGAGGCGGGCCUGCGAGUAUUGAGCAGAGCCGAUAUUCUCAGCGACCAGGACCUUGGUGUUAUCACCGAAAUUUGCCCUACUUACAGGGUCGAGCCCGGAUCUGAGGAAAGCUACGUUAGUCUUGCAAGCGAAGAAGAGGGACUUGAGCUGGAAGAGGACCUCAAUGACGAUAUGGCGGCGUUUGCGAGUGAGGAUUAUCCCGAGGUCCGUCCGACACCCCAACGAGGAGGAGGUCUGAACUCUUUACGACGAAAUCUAAACCUCAUGGCCGAACUCCAAAAUGUGGAUAUCUCCAAGCUGGAUCCUCUGGAGCAGCGCGAAUUUCAAAUGCGUCUAGAAAAGGAUUCCAUCGAUACCGCUAUUGAGAAAUGGCGAACUGCAAAGAAGAAGAUGGACAAGAUGGGUAUCAACACAGCUCUGAAUGCCAAGUCCGAGGAUAACAGUCUUGCCGAUUGCCUGCAACGCUGGCUUGUGGCCAUGGAGGCCCGUUUAAGAGAAGAGAUCAUCAAGGUCGAGGAAUCCGAAGAAAAGGAAGUCAAGUCUGAAGAGGAUCUCGAGCGCUGUAUCUACGGUCCUAUCCUUCGAAUGGCAGACCCUACUCGAAUGGCAGCAGUGACCAUCCUCACUUUGCUCAACAUCAGUGCAUUACAGGGCGUUGAUAAGGGUGUGGUCAUUCAACGACUCCUCAACGACGUUUCUCGAGUAGCCCAGGACGAUAUCCAGACUCAGUUGAAGGAAAAGGCGGCAAAGGAACGGCGCCGGCUCCGCAAAGUCCAGUUUCUAGCAGGCGAGAAAGAGACGGUAGCAGCUGGGCCGAAGGAGCCGGUAAAGGCAACUAAGCCGAUAGACGCGAAGGAAUCGACUGAAGCGAAUGCUUCCACAGAGGUUAUGGAGGCUGAUGCGCCUACAGAGACGAAUGAGCGGGUUCGGCAAAAGAUCAUUACUGAUGCUUACGAGCCGACUGGAGCAAAAGAUCCUGUGCUAUCACCAUGGUCUAUCCAAGUGAGGGCCCGUAUUGGAUCGAUUCUCUUGAAAUCUCUCAUUGAGACCGCCAAGGUUAAUGUUGUGAAGGAACAUCCUAUUUCAAAGGAACGAAUCAGCCAACUCCAGCCUGCCUUUUCUCAUAUGCAGGCUCCCAAGAAGGGAAAGAAGGUCGGAAUGUUAACCAUUAACCCAGAGCUUGUCGACCGGUUGAAACGGGAACCUAUGGGUGAUUUCCUUGCUAAGCACCUCCCUAUGAUUGCCGAACCUAGGCCGUGGACUCGCAUCAAUGAAGGAGGCUUCUUGAUGAGCAGAGCCUCCUUAAUCCGUGUCAAGUCGGGAGACGUUGAGCAAAAGCUUUACGCCAAUGCGGCCAUCAAGCGUGGCGACAUGGACCAGGUCUUCAAGGGCUUGGACGUGCUGGGGAAAACACCGUGGAGGGUCAACAACCCGGUUCUCGACGUGAUGGUCGAGGCCUGGAACAGUGGUGAUGCCAUCGCCAACAUGCCAGAGCUCACACCCAACCUUGAAAUGCCACCAGAACCCACAAACUCAGACCCUCUCCUCCGCCGGGCUUGGAUUCGAAAGGUCAAGCAGGUCGAGAACGAGCGUGGAGCCCUUCAUUCACAACGAUGCUACAUGAACUUGCAAUUGGAGAUCGCUCGCGCGUUCCGCAAGCAAGUCGUUUACUUCCCUCACAACAUGGACUAUCGAGGCCGUGCUUAUCCUAUCCCGACAUACCUGAACCACAUGGGAGCUGAUCACACACGUGCUCUCCUGAAAUUCGCCGAGGGGAAGAGACUUGGCCAGCAAGGUCUUCGAUGGCUCAAAAUCCACCUUGCUAAUCUGUACGGCUUCGACAAGGCCUCAUUCGACGAGAGAGAGGCAUUCGCCACCGACAACCUUGCCAACAUUAGAGAGAGUGUCGAGAACCCGCUGAAUGGUAGUCGAUGGUGGUUGAAGGCUGAAGAUCCUUGGCAAUGCCUGGCUACCUGUUUCGAGCUGAAGGCUGCCUAUGAUCUCCCUGAUCCUACCGACUUUGUCUCCAAUCUACCAGUGCAUCAAGAUGGUACCUGCAACGGUCUCCAGCAUUACGCCGCCCUUGGCGGUGAUACCUGGGGUGCUCAACAGGUCAACCUCAUGCCUAGUGACCGACCUGCCGAUGUAUACUCGGCUGUUGCCAACCUUGUCAAGGAGUCGAUCGAGAAAGACGCCGAAGCAGGUAGUCAGCUCGGAAAGAACUGCCUAGGUAAAAUCACCAGAAAGGUAGUAAAGCAAACUGUCAUGACCAACGUCUAUGGUGUCACGUUUUCAGGAGCCAAGCAACAAGUUUGCAAGCAGUUGGAUGCCCUCUACCCAGAGAUGUACAAAGAGACUGGCAUUCCCAACCUUGUGACCGCUACGUAUAUUGCACAGCAUAUCUUCAAUGCUCUUGGAACAAUGUUCCGAGGUGCUCAUGAUAUUCAAUACUGGCUUGGUGAAAUUGGCGCGCGUGUCUGCAAAGCCCUCACACUAGCCCAGCUCGAUCAGUUGCAAGAGGAGAAAGACAACAAGCCUGCUGCAAGGAAGACUGCCGCAGGCAAGACCAAGGAAUUGGAUGAGUUGACCUCACAGUUUCGAUCUACAGUGGUUUGGACUACACCCUUGAGAAUGCCUGUCGUGCAGCCUUACCGAAAGGCAAUUACCAGAGAGAUCCGCACUUGUCUGCAAUCCAUCAGUUAUCCUACGCAGGGUCAGACAGAGCCUGUGGAUCGCAGAAAGCAACUUCAAGGAUUCCCCCCCAAUUUCAUCCAUUCACUGGAUGCCAGCCACAUGCUUCUCUCAGCCCUCAAGUGUGACGAGCUCGGCUUGAAGUUCGCUGCCGUUCACGAUUCCUUCUGGACUCAUGCCGCGGAUGUGGAUAUUUUGAGCGGAGUUUUGCGCGAUGCUUUCAUCCGAAUCCACGAGGAGGAUGUCGUCGGUCGACUGGCAGCCGAGUUCGAAGCCCGAUACAGGGGUUCGUUAUACCUAGCCAACAUCCCUAAUACAAGCGCUGCCGCUGCGAAGAUCCGGGAAUUCCGCAAGACGAGCAAGCUCACUCAAACGGAAGAAGUGCUGCUAGAACACAAGCGCAACUCUCUCCUACGCUCAGGCAAUCCCUGGGACGUUGAGGCAGCAAAGAAGAUCAUUACGCCUGCCUCCAUCGUUGAGGCGAUGCCAGCCGAGCAGCAGGAGGACCCUGAGAUCGAGAAGGAGACUGAGGACAUUGGCGGCCUCGGACACAUUCCUGAGUCGGAAGGCAACCUCUCGUCGGCAGUUCAGGAGGCCGUAAAGAGUAUGGAGCCUGCGGAGGACAAAUUUGCUGAGAUAAGCAACGGGCUGCUUGAGCGUCUUAAGCAUACCAGUUUCGAGGUCAAAGUUAUCCAACCCAAGAAGGAAUCCAAGCAACGCUGGAAGAAGGUCACGCAUUUCUGGCGUCCGCUGACCUUCCCCGAUCUCCCCAAAAAGGGCGAUUUUGACGUAAGGCAGCUGCGACAAAGUCAGUAUUUCUUCUCCUGA